AUGAAAACCAAACACAUGGAUAUCCUAAAUCAACAAGACGAUGAAAUCAUAUCCAAGAUUUCAGAACUGAAGAAGCUCAUACUCCAUUUGAAAAAUUUAUUAAAAACCGACGAUGCCUCUGCCUACAAAUCCAAAAUUGAUGAUUUCAGACGAUUACCAGAUACAAUUAGAGUUUCAUUUCCAUGUUUUUCUCCUGAAAAAUCAUUACAGAACGAAUACAUAAGAUGUUCGUCUGGUUUCAAAGAAAAACAGACCAUUCAAUUUGAUGAUCAGGGUAAAUCUUUGUAUUCAUCGGGUUACCCUAAAUAUAUAUGUGGGAACAGAAACCUUGAUAUUUGCGUGGCCGACCUGGAAGCUAAAGCAGUGGUAGUAGUCAGUCAGUCGGGAAAACUCAGAUUUAGAUAUAAUGGUCACGCCGAAGAACCGUUUGAUCCCCACAGCAUUACAACAGAUAGCCACAGUCAAAUCCUGACAGCAGAUUUUCAUAAUAACCGUAUCCAUACCCUAGACCGUGACGGACACUUCCUUCGUUUCAUUGAUAACUGUGGAUUACAACGCCCAUACGGUUUAUGUGUGGAGAUCAGCGACAACGUCUUUGUGGUUGAGUUACAAAGUAGCAAAUUGAAGAAAAUUCAAUACCUGUAA